AUGCGUUCUUUUUACUAUUACUUCCUUCUCAGCCUCUCCCUCCUGGGAGUCUACGCCGGUAUCUUGGAGGAGCACGGGUACACGGUUGAGGAGUACCAGAAUGGAUUGUACUUUGUAACCACUCCUCACUACUCGGGAGGCAACGCUCCCGUGGAUAAGGUCAGAAUCAACGUGGAAAAGAAGACCAUGACAGUCUACUUGGCCUACAAUGGCAAGGAAGAUGACCACGAAGACAAAUUGUACAUGUCCCAAGUCCUCGCAGCUCUCUGCGACAAAAAGGGCAUCGAUCCCGACGAUUUGUGGUGGGUCGUUAUUGACGACGUCGAAAACCUUGCCACGAAGGCAGCAAUGACCGAAUACCGCAACAAACACGGCCUCCAUUUCAAAGACGAGAUCAGAGUCAAGCCUGACCAAGAAGCAGAUUGGGCCAUCUUCAACCAAACUCCUUUUUACCGAGCCGUGUACCGCAUGCUUCCUCGGAAGGGCAUCGACCAGAUCAUCAUCAAGAGGGAGGACGGCCAGACGAACAUGUACCUUUCAGUUGAAUAA